GCUAUUACAUCUACAGGGACUCCUUCUUCUCUUUUAAUUCUGAGCGCGCGAUCGUGAAACGCAUUACAAGAGUAAGUUUUAUGCCCGACAAACUUGUUCACGAUCAGUUAGUCAAGUGUCAUACUGACAGUAUCAACAAUUGCUAUUGUUUAAAUAAUUAGUUUUUUUUUUAAUUUUACUAUUUUUGAUACUUAAUUUUUUUUUACUAAUAAACCCCAAAAUUUUUAUUUAUAAAUUAAAUAGACUGAUGAUGAGUGCGUGCUGACACGUGAUUGUUUUUAUUUCAAAUAAUUUGAAUGCCAAAAAAUAAAAAGAAGUAAAAAAUUUUUUUUCAAAAUUUACUUCCUUUAAUUUAUUAAUCGAGUGAUUUUAUAAUUUGUUUAUUGUUUAUUAAAUGAUAAAAAAAUAAAAAAAGUGGAAUCGUGACUACUUAGAAGUGUCAAAAAAUUAAAGGACGUGAUCUUCAAAUUUGAAUUUUUAGUUUUAGUAAAAAAUUAAUAAGACGAUUUGAGUGGAUUAGCAACAGUACAGUUGAAGUGAUAAACUGAUCGGUAUUAAUUGAUGCUAUGAAGGAUACUCCAACUAACGGAUAUGCUGAAGUAAACGGCAAAAAUGGAGUUACCGACAAAGACAAGAAACCCGAAGAAUAUGAAGAAGUGGACGCGAUCCAGGAAGCGAUGGGCGCGAUGGGAAGAUGGCAAGUCCUCGUGUGUAUCGCCAUUUCCUUAGUCAAAUUUCCCGUAGCGUGGCAUCAAUUAGCUGUUGUAUUCAUGGCACCACAAGCUCAACAAUAUAAUUGUACAACUCCUGCAUAUUCAUCAGCCAAAGAUCAGUGCAUUGUUAACGUAAACGGCAGUCAUGUCGAGUGUCAGUCUUGGGAAUUUGACAGAAGCACGUUUCCAGAAACGAUAAUAUCUCAAUGGAGUCUAGUUUGCAAUCGUUCCCAUUAUGCGAACAUACAGCAGUCGAUACUCAUGUUCGGUAUAUUAUUAGGAAAUAUUACAUUUGGUAGUUUAGCAGACAGAUUUGGUAGAAAAAUUCCAUUGAUGAUUUCUGUGGUACUUCAAUUAGUAUCGGGAAUCGGCUGCGCAGUGGUGCCGUGGUUCCCAGCGCUUCUGUUUUUCAAAUUACUGGCGGCGAUGGCCACUGGAGGAACAAUGGUCACAAGUUACGUAAUAUGUAUGGAAAUUGUCGGGACUAAAUGGCGAGCAGCCAUCACAGUUCUCUAUCAAAUACCAUUUAGUUUAGGACACAUGUCAUUAGCCGGGAUAGCAUAUCUAUUCCGUCAUUGGCAGCAUUUACAAUUGGCCAUAUCACUGCCGUCAAUAAUACUCUUGAGUUACUGGUGGAUUGUACCAGAAUCUCCCCGAUGGCUUUUGGCUGUCGGCAGACAAAAAGCCGCAUGCAAAAUACUGAAGAAAGCCGCAAAAGUUAACAAAGUUCCUGACAAAGAUAUUCCAGAGUUAGUGCGAAAGCAUUAUUUGCAUCAAAAUUCGAGAAAAUCGGCGUCUGAUCACUCGGCAUCAAUUAUUGAUUUAUUUAGAACUCCAAAUAUGAGGGUAAAGUCAUUAGCGAUAUUCUUUAAUUGGAUUGUAUGUGGAAUGGGUCUUUUUGGCAUGACUCAGUACAUUGGACAAGUUGGAGGCGAUAUAUUUGUUAAUUUCGCCGUGGCAGGUGCAACUCAAAUACCUGGUAAUUUUGUCGCCUGGUGGGUUAUGAAUAAAUUGGGUAGAAAAAUAACAUUGAUGACUAGCCACGUUACUGCUGGUGUUGCUGCAUUACUUUUGAUUGCUGUGCCUCAGAAUUUAGCAUGGGUACGACUUAUAUUGGCAUGUUUUGGAAUUGUCGGAAUGUCUGUGUCAUUUACGACAGUUUAUCUAUUUUCCGGUGAAUUAUUUCCGACUGUUGUCAGAAAUAUCGGAGUAGGAACGAGCAGCAUGUGCGCGAGAAUUGGAUCUAUGGUUGCGCCAUUUGUUGUUUCUUUGAGUACGGUACAAGGAUUUUUACCUCCGUUAAUUUUUGGUACAUUCCCGCUGAUUGGUGCGGGCUUGGCAUUAUUUUUACCAGAAACCAACGGAUGUAAACUACCGGAAACUCUUCAAGAUGGUGAAGAUUUUGGAAAAAAAAUAAAAAAAUGUUUAAAAAUAAAAGAUGCGGAAGCCGAAGUAUCACUUUAAUGUAAAUAUAUUUAUACUUAUUUACAAGCAAUCAAAAUAUCAAA